GUGGUCAAAUCCUUCGUCCCUCUCCCUCCCUUCCUCCCUCCCUUUCUCCGCCGUUGAUGGCAUUCUCGCUUCCGGCGUCGUUCCCGCCGCCUCCCGUUCGCCUCCUCCGCGGCUCGAGCCGCCGCCGCCGUUCUCCUCUCCUCGCGACGUCGCCGGUCCCCCUCCCCGGCGGCCUCCCUCCCUCCCCGGAGCUCCCGCCACUCCAGACCCGCCGCCGCAGUGCCGCUCGCCUUCGACGGGCCCCGGCGGCGGAGCUCCGAGCCCCCCGCUCCUCCUCCGCCGGCGGCGGCGGCGGCGCCCCUCCGGCGACUCCCGACGGUAAGGUGGCGAUCCUUGUCUCCGCGGCGGUCACCGUCGCGUUCGCCGUCGCCAAUCGCGUGCUCUACAAGCUCGCUCUCGUCCCCAUGAAGCAGUAUCCUUUCUUCCUCGCGCAGAUCACCACCUUCGGGUAUGUGGCAAUAUAUUUUUCGAUUCUUUACAUCCGCUAUCGAGCUGGGAUAGUUACUGGCGAGAUGUUAGCACUUCCCAAAUCGCGGUUUGUGGCCAUUGGAAUGCUUGAAGCCCUGGGAGUGGUUACUGGGAUGUCUGCCGGAGCAAUGCUCCCUGGACCCGCCAUACCCAUAUUGAGCCAGACUUUUUUGGUGUGGCAACUGACUUUCUCAACUGUUCUUCUGGGUAGGAAGUAUUCAUUAAAUCAAAUUGCUGGCUGCUUACUUGUAGCUGCUGGCGUAGUAGUGGCUGUAGCAAGUGGGUCUAAUUCUGGUCAGAUUUUAUCUGGAAUUGAGUUUGCAUGGCCAUUGGUGAUGAUUGCUUCCAGUGCUUUUCAAGCUGGCGCUUCUAUUAUAAAGGAAUCUGUUUUUAUUGAAUCUGCAAGACACCUUAAGGGAAAAUCACUUGACAUUUUUGCCGUGAAUUCUUUUGGAUCUGGGUUUCAGGCUCUUUUUGUGCUUCUUUUUCUGCCUUUUCUAUCAAAUUUGAAAGGCAUACCAUUUGCCCAGCUUCCUCUGUAUCUGAAAGAAGGAGCUGGUUGCUUUCUAAACAUUGGAACCAACACCACAGGUUGUGAUGGGGCACCAUGGCUUCCAUUAAUUUUUGUAACUACCAACAUUAUCUUCAAUAUAUCGUUGCUCAAUCUGGUGAAGAUUUCUUCUGCUGUUGUUGCUUCUCUUGCCGUAAUGUUGUCAGUUCCCAUUUCAAUUUAUGUCCUUUCUCGUCCAUUGCCAUAUCUCCCUGAAGGUGCGAGCUUAACUCCCUUUUUUGUGAUUGGCGGAAUCAUUCUUGUUCUAGGUCUUCUUCUUUACAAUGUUCCUCAAAGGCAGGCUGCAAAAGGUGAUUAGCACAGACUUAUUCCUCGUGAAAAAAUGAUAGCCUAGACCCUCAACUAGUCCACCGGCAUUGUUUUGUUCAAUCAAUCUGGCUCUUUUUCAAGUGUAAAUGUGGCAAAGAUGGGAUUACUCUUUAGGUAGAUUUGCUCAAAAGAAAGCUACUGAACCUACACAUUGCAUAUCAAGUUUGUUCUUGUAUAACUUCCAAUUAUUAGUCCAUAUUAUCGU